GUAUAAUAUCAUCCUCUUUGAGUGAGUGUGAGAGAAAGUGAGGGAAAGAUGUUUCCAAAUCUGAAGCCCUCCAACAUUCCAGUGAUUGGAAACAUAUUUGAUAAGGGGAAGAAGAUAAAAGGCACAGUGGUGUUGAUGAGGAACAAUGUGCUGAACAUUGACCUCACCAAUGCUGCUUCCACUGUCUUUGAUGGAUUCAGUGAGUUCCUUGGCCAAGGCGUCACUCUCCAAUUGGUCAGUUCGGUUCAUGCUGAUCCUGCAAAUGGAUCAAAAGGGAAAGUUGGGAAGCCAGCGAGUCUAGAGAGUUGGCUAACGACACUGCCAAGUUUGACAUCAGGCCAAAAUGCAUUUACAGUGCAUUUUGAUUGGGAAGAUGAUAUAGGAAUUCCAGGAGCAUUUAUCAUAAGGAAUAAUCAUCUGAGUGAGUUCUUUCUUGUGAGUUUGACUAUUGAAGACUUCCCAAAUCACGGUGACAUUCACUUUGUCUGCAACUCCUGGGUUUACCCAGCAAGCAAAUACAAAAAAGAUCGCAUUUUCUUCUCAAACAAGACAUAUCUUCCAAGUGAAACACCAGCACCAUUGGUGAAGUACAGAGAAGAAGAAUUGAAGAGUUUGAGAGGAGAUGGAACAGGAGAGCGCAAAGAAUGGGAAAGAAUAUAUGAUUAUGCUACCUACAAUGAUUUGGGUGAUCCAAGUUCUGAAGAGUCAACUCGUCCAGUCCUGGGAGGCUCAUCCACCUAUCCUUACCCUCGCCGGGGAAGAACUGGUAGACCGCCGACAACAAAAGAUCCAAACACUGAGAGCAGACUGAACAAAGUUAUGUCCUUUACUAUUUAUGUUCCGAGGGAUGAAAAAUUUGGACACUUGAAGAUGUCAGACUUUCUCACUUAUGGAUUGAAGUCUGUAUCUCAAAGUAUUCAGCCAUCACUGAACUUUUUAGACAAGGAAUUUGAUAGUUUUGAAGAAGUUCGUGAUCUCUAUGACAAAGGGAUCCAAUUGCCACAAGGCAUACUAAACAGUAUCAGUGACAAGUUGUCUGGAGAAAUGCUCAAGGAAAUUUUCAGAACCGAUGGUGAACGCCUCCUCAGAUUCCCAACUCCUCAAGUGAUUAAAGAAAACAAAUCUGGAUGGAUGACGGAUGAAGAAUUUGCAAGAGAAAUGCUUGCUGGUGUGAAUCCUGGUUUAAUUCGUCGCCUUGAGGAGUUCCCACCAAAAAGCAAACUUGACAGCCAACUUUAUGGCGAUCAAACCAGUAAAAUAACCAAACAACAAUUAGAGAUUAACAUGGGCGGACUCACUGUUGAUCAGGCCAUCAAGAACAAGAAACUUUUCAUUCUGGACCACCAUGAUCCCAUCAUACCAUAUUUGAGGAGGAUAAACCAAACUUCCACGAAGGCAUAUGCUAGCAGAACAAUCCUUUUGUUGAAAGAUGAUGGAACUCUAAAACCAUUGGCCAUUGAACUAAGUAAACCUCAUCCUGAUGGAGACCAAUCUGGUGUGAUCAGCGAAGUUUACUUGCCUGCAGAACAUGGCGUUGAGAGUGCCAUCUGGCUCUUAGCCAAAGCUUAUGUUGUUGUGAAUGAUUCUUGCUAUCACCAACUAGUCAGUCACUGGUUGAAUACUCAUGCAGUGAUUGAGCCAUUCAUCAUUGCAACAAAUAGGCAGCUCAGUGUGCUUCAUCCGGUUUAUAAACUUCUGCUUCCUCACUACCGUGACAAUAUGAACAUAAAUGCGCUUGCUCGUCAAGUCUUAAUCAAUGCAGGGGGAAUUAUAGAAGACACAUUCUUGUGGGGAAGGUAUUCUUUAGAGAUGUCUUCCAAGAUUUACAAAGAUUGGAAGUUUUACGAGCAAGCACUUCCGGCUGAUCUUCUCAAGAGGGGAAUGGCAGAGUCAGAUCCAGCUUCUCCAAAUGGAAUCCGCCUAGUGAUUGAAGAUUACCCUUAUGCUGUAGAUGGACUAGAUAUAUAUUUUGCAAUCAGGACAUGGGUCCAAGACUACAUCUCCUUCUACUAUAAGACUGAUGAUGCUGUGAAACGAGACUCUGAACUCCAAUUAUGGUGGAAAGAAGCUGUGGAGGUAGGUCAUGGGGACAAGAAAGAUGAUCCAACAUGGUUCAAGAUGCAGAAUCGCAGAGAGCUAGUUGAAGCCUGCACUAUAAUCAUCUGGGUUUCUUCAGCACUUCAUGCAGCAGUCAAUUUCGGACAAUAUCCAUAUGGAGGCUAUAUUCUGAAUCGCCCAACUCUGAGCAGAAGAUUCAUGCCUGAGAAAGGAACUCCUGAAUAUGAUGAACUAGCCAAAGACCCUCAUAAGGCUUUCCUGAGAACCAUAACUCCAAAGGACAAAACAAUCACUGACCUUUCAACCAUAGAAAUCUUGUCCAGGCAUACUUCUGAUGAGUUCUACUUGGGGCAGAGGGAUAGCCCUAACUGGACAUCUGAUACGGCGCCAUUGGAGGCUUUCAAGAAGUUUGGGAAGAAAUUGGAAGAAAUUGAGGGGAAGAUCACAAAUAGGAACAAAGAUGCAAACUUUAGGAACCGAUAUGGGCCAGUGAAUAUGCCUUACACUCUGCUCUAUCCUACUAGUGAAGCUGGGCUCACUGGCAAGGGAAUUCCAAAUAGCAUCUCUAUCUGAAGGAUCCGUGUGUCAUUGUACUGCUUUGUUGGGUUUUCGAAUUUCGAUCAGUGGAAAUAAUUUAGAAGAAGGAUUCUAAAUCCUUCUUCCACUUUAGAGAUGCACGUUUGAUUAUCGUGAGUUGAUGUGUUUGCAUGUUUAAAUGUUUGGAAAUAAAAUUA